AUGGCUCCCAAUGAAACCUUUCAGAUUGUGGGGAUUAUCUAUUUGCUUAAGCAUUUUGGAUGGAGGUGGGUUGGCCUUUUUCUUAUGGACGAUGACAGUGGAGACAAUUUCAUCCAAGUCCUGGACCCACUUCUUUCUAAGAAUAGGAUCUGCUCUGCUUUUGUGGAGAGAAUUCCCAAACAAGCAUUUCGGUUUACUCAUCAAGUAUACUAUGAUAAAGUGUUUAGGCUAGAUAUUUAUUUGACCGACCCCAAAGUCAGUACACUCAUCUUCUAUGGGGAAAGCAUCACGGCAAUGCUUCUGUUUAUGUUCAUGAAAUAUAUAGACCAAAGCAUUGGAAAAGUGUGGAUUCUGACCGCUCAGAUUGAUUUAGCAUUAACAAGCCUUCAUCAAGCCUCAGACUUGCAAGUGUUCAAUGGAGCAAUUUCCUUUGCGAUUCACUCAAAUGAACUGCCAGGAUUCUUUGAAUUCCUUUGGACCAUGAAACCAUUCUGGACCCAAUCAAAUAGUUUGUUGAAAGAGUUCUGGGAGCAAAGCUUUGAUUGCUUCUUUUCAAAGAGCAAUGGACCAGUGGAAAGUGAUGAAGAAUGUACUGGGAAGGAAGAGCUAAAAUCCCUUCCUGGGCAUUUAUUUGAAAUGACCGGCCACAGCUAUAGUAUCUACAAUGCAGUCUAUGCUGUAGCGCAUGCUUUUCAUGACAUGAACUUACUGAGGUCUAAAUACAAAGCAGUAGCAGAGAGUACAACUGAUGAACUUCAAGAUCGAGGCACCUGGAAGCUUCACUUGUUUCUUCAAGGCCUUUCAUUUAAUAAUUCACUUGGAGAAACUGUGUCCAUCAACAAUCAUGGGGAACUGCUUUCUGGCUUUGAUAUUACAAAUGUUGUCAUUUUUCCAAACAACUCCUACCUUAAAGUGAAAAUUGGGAAAAUAGAUUCCAAAGCAUUUGAAGGAAAAGAAUUUGUGAUUCAUGAACAUUUAAUUGCGUGGCCCAAAUAUUUUAACCAGGUCUUGCCCAUUUCCGUGUGUAAUAAUCCAUGUUAUGCUGGCUAUCAGAAGAAAAAAAAGGAAGGGCAGAAAUUUUGCUGCUAUGAUUGUGAUCCAUGUCCUGAUGGGAAGAUUUCAAACAUGUUGGACACGAUUGCCUAUUCUGAAUGUCCAGAAGAUCAAUAUCCAAGUAAGGACAAAGUUGGAUGCAUCCCCAAAAUCAUAACUUUUCUAACUUAUGAAGAACCUUUAGGGAUCAGUUUAGUUGUAAUUGCGGUUUUAUUCUCAGUCAUUACCGUGUUCAUACUUGGAAUAUUUAUUAUGUAUAAAGACACUCCUAUUGUUAAAGCUAACAACAAGGACCUCACCUACACUCUCCUCAUCUCCCUUCUGCUUUGCUUCCUCUGCUCUUUUCUCUUCCUUGGAAAACCUCUCAAACUAAUCUGCUUCCUCCGACAAUCUGCAUUUGGCAUUAUCUUCUCUGUGGCUGUUUCUUCUGUGUUGGCCAAAACUAUCAUGGUCAUUGCAGCAUUCAUGGCCACCAAACCAGGGUCGAGCAUGAGAAAAUGGUUGGGGAAAAGACUAUCUUUCUUAAUUGUCCUUUUCUGCUCCCUCAUUCAAGCAGGCAUUUGUCUGGUAUGGAUGAUAACCUCUCCCCCAUUUCCAGAACUUAACAUGCAAUCAGUGACUGAAGAGAUCAUAGCAGAAUGUAAUGAAGGGUCUGUUGCCAUGUUUUAUCUUGUCUUGGGGUAUAUGGGGUUUCUGUCCCUUGUCAGCUUCAUGGUGGCUUUCCUAGCUAGGAACUUGCCAGACACAUUCAAUGAAGCCAAGUUUAUCACCUUCAGCAUGCUGAUGUUUUGUAGUGUUUGGUUGUCUUUUGUCCCCACUUAUCUGAGCACCAAAGGGAAGUACAUGGUGGCUGUGGAGAUCUUCUCCAUCUUAGCUUCUAGUGCUGGGUUAUUGGGUUGUAUCUUUUUCCCCAAAUGCUACAUUAUUUUGCUAAGGCCUAAUUUCAACAGCAGACAGCAACUUAUAAAGAGAACGCAUUUAUGA